UUCAGAAAUCACAAAACAGAAAACAAAAACAAAAAAACAGAAGCGAAAUGAAGGCGAUCGGCGUCGGGAGGAGGCCUUCACCGUCUUCUCCUAUCCUCCCCCAUCACUCAUCGAGCCAGAAGAAGCUUGCACGAGCGCGAUUACUCCGCAUCCCCUCCAAGAGGUCGCUCCUUCGCCUCCUCCUCCUCUUCGCCGUCCUCGCUCUCGCCCCACCCCUCUACUUCCACUUCCGCCUCCGCCGAUUCCAACAGAUGCGAUCGAGGAAGUGCGGGUGGUUGGAAAGUCCUCCCCUUGUCUGUGCUCAUGGAGGCGAUUCGAGCAAGGCCGUCCCCAACACCAUGGAUGCUUAUCGCGUCGCCAUCGAUUCUCGAGUGGAUUGCAUAGAAAUAGAUGUCUCUCGUUCUUCAGAUGGGGUGCUGUUUGCGCUGCAUGAUCGGGAUCUGCAGAGGAUGUCUGGUAAUAGUACUGCAAAAGUUGGCUACAUGAACAUGAAUCAGAUAAAGGAACUGGAUGCAGGCCUUCAGUUUGCACAAGAAUUUCACAACCAAAAAGUUCCUACAGCUGAAGAUGCAUUGGCGACAAUAGCAAACUCAAUUAGGCAGGUCAUUGUGGAUGCAAAAGUCGGCCCACCAUUGUAUGAGAAAGGCCUAGCAAAGGACAUACUGUCAAUUGUGAAGAGAACGCAAUGCAGAAAUUGCCUUGUCUGGGCAAAGAGUGACGUCUUGGCAAAUGAUGUUAUCAAGCUAUCACAAGAAGUUGGGGUGGGAUACAUUGUUAUGAGUGAUCCUUCUACUGGUGCAAGAAGCAAACUUUUGAGAAUGAAAGGUGCUGCAGUUGUGGGCGUCUACCAUCCUUUGGUUGAUGAGGAACUUGUCAGAAUUUUGCAUGGGGAGGGCAAGAAAGUCUAUGCUUGGACUGUCGAUGACGCUGGGUCCAUGCAAAGAAUGCUGUUUGAGCAUGUUGACGCCAUCAUCACGAGCAAUCCGUCCCUCCUUCAGGGCAUCAUGCAGGACAUGAAAACAGAAUGUCUACAGGGCUUUGGCUAUCCCAUGAUUUGUUUGACUUCAUGAAGAUCCAGAUCUAAGAACUUGUGAAAUCAUAUUGGGGGGUGUUUCCAUGGUUGGAUGCAAUGACUAUAGGGGAAGCCUUGUCAAAGGGGGAUUGUUGAGUUUGAGGCUUUAUUGUUCUUUCACCAGGUUUGUUCUUACAACUCGUGGACCCUUGAGCAUUCAGAUCUUAUGAUAAUCAGGAUUUUGAUUACAUUGAUCGAGACUUGUGACAUCUGCCGAUGCUUGUGGUUGCAGUCCUUUGAAGUGUUCAUAUUCACUAUAAGGUUUCAAAUUGAAGUCUACAAUAAGAAGGUUACUUUUGUUGCUUACAAAACAACAAAUUGGAGCUCCUAACUCAAAUGUGUUGUACAAUUAGUUUCUUGGGCAACCCAACU